AUGCAUCGUCUGUUACAAAGGCAUGCUAAUGAAGCAUCUACACCAUCUGGUACUGUAAUAUCCCCUUUGGUUACCCCUACAUCCACACCGACAACAUCUACCUCUCCACCAUUUGGAAGUGUAUCAACCCCUUCAUCCACACCAGCCCCAUCGUCUGCCCCUGCCUCCACAACAAUCCUAACAUCUACCCUUGCAUCCACACAUACACCAUCUACUCCCCCCACCGUUUGGUUAUUACCUUCAGGUAAAUGUUCAACCAUAAUUAAGAAAUCAUUCCUAGAUAAAGUGGAUGAAAAUGGAUAUAAGUGGAAAAAAUGCCAGUGGGAUGCUGUAUUUGGUGACUCAGUAGUCAAGGCUGCUUGGGAACAGAAAGCCAAAGAAAGAUAUCGACAGUAUAUCUAUGACAUCAUCACAAGAAAUCCGACUCGUGAAAAGCCAUUCCACAUGAAACAACAAGUGUGGAAUUCAUGGAAUGCAAUAUGGAAUUCGGAGGAGUUCAAGAAAAAAUUGGAGCAAAAUAAAAAAAAUAGACGUAAAGGUGUACUAGGUGGAAAAGCCCCACCUACUCAUAAUGGCGGAUCGGCUUCACAUCAUCAAAUUCCAGCCGACAUGGAGGAAUAUACGGGACAAGCUCCAUCAUGCUAUGAUGUAUUCAUGUUUACUCAUACUAAGGAUCAUGAUGGAAAGACGUUUCAAGUUGACAAAGCUAAAGAAGUUCAUGAUUUGUUGGUGUCACGACGUGCGGAUUUGGCACUGCUGGGAGAGGAAGUUGAUGAAAGUGAACUAUUUUAUACAGUUGUCGGAGGACAUGACCGUAAGAGAAGACUUUAUGGGCUUGGAUCAUAUGGCAGGUCCAUUUGGCGUGAAAAUUCUUCUCAAACUUGCACUUCGCCGGAUACAACUUCUAAAAAACAUCAUCUUGAGACCAAGAUCCAGAAACUAGAGGAAAAUAUAGAGCAACAAAGGAUGGACUUCAAUGAUGUGAGAAACAUGAUAAAUGAUAUAAGAAGCACAAAUAACCAGUGACAAUU